UUUAUAUAAAAUUGUGCUACCAAAAUUAUGCAUUCUCUCUUAUAUUAGACAAAGCAAAAAAAAAAAAUCCAAAAUGUUAAGUUUACAGUUUGAAUCACAAAAAAUAAAUUAUCACAUAAGGAACAGUAGAAGUCGAAAGCAUAUCUUCUCACAUCCUUUUUCCUGUCUUCAAAUGUUAUUACAAUCGACUUGGACAACAGCAUUAGUGUGCUUACUUCUUUAUCUCAGUCAAGGACCGACGUUAAUUUCCGGCUUCAAUUUGGAGCAACGCUUACCCAUCAUUAAAUAUGGACCACAUGAAAAUACUUAUUUUGGAUAUGCAGUAGCGACGCAUACAGUUGGAGAAUAUAAUUGGCCUAAUAAUACUAAAUGGCUUUUGAUUGGUGCUCCUUUGGAUAAAAAUCUGCAGCCUGGCACAAAUCAGACGGGCGCACUUUAUAAAUGCCCGAUAACACAAGAUUUUAAUGACUGCGUCCAAGUGAUAACAGAUGGACGAAGAUCGCCUGGCGGAGCUUAUGAACCUUCAUACGACAGCGAUGAUGUGGAGGAACUUUUCGUGCCGUCCGAUGAUGAGAUUAAGGAGGGUCAAUGGUUGGGCGUUACUGUACGUUCACAAGGACUAGGAGGCAAGGUUUUGGUCUGCGCCCAUCGUUACAUUACAAAAAUACGUGAAAAUCGCUAUGGACAAGGCCUAUGCUAUGUGCUGACUAAUGAGUUGAAAUACGACGAAGUGUACGAGCCAUGCAAAGGCCGUACUGUGCAAAGAGCACAUGAAGACUAUGGCUUCUGUCAAGUAGGCACCUCAGGUGCGCUAUUGGACGACAAUACCAUGGUUUUGGGCACACCAGGUCCUUUUACUUGGCGUGGUACAGUUUUUGUUACGGAAAUCGGUGGUGAAUAUCUAGAACGUGAUAAAAAUAUGUAUUAUGGUGAUCACUCGGAUAACUCUUCACCAGUGGACAAAUACAGUUAUUUGGGCAUGGCGGUAACUGGUGGUCGUUAUUUUGGUGAGCGUAUGUCAUAUGCUGCCGGUGCACCACGUUCUAAUGGUCACGGUCAAGUAGUUAUUUUCAAUAAAGCAAGCACAAGUCCAAUACCAGUAAAGAUGAUUAUCGAAGGUGAACAGUUUGGUUCUAGUUUUGGUUAUGAACUAGCGACUGCUGAUGUUAAUGGUGACCACAAACCCGAUCUCAUAGUAGCAGCGCCAUUUUACUUUAGUAAAACCGAAGGUGGUGCAGUUUAUAUUUAUCAGAAUGAAAAGGAUAUGCUUCCGCAGAAAGCAACACUAAAGCUAACCGGUACCAUAGAGAGUCGUUUUGGUUUAGCACUAGCAAACAUUGGUGAUAUUAACAAAGAUGAUUGUGAAGAUUUAGCUAUAGGCGCACCAUAUGAAGGUGAUGGUACUGUAUAUAUUUAUUUGGGUUCUCCUACUGGUCUUAAAGAUAAACCAGCACAACGUAUAUAUGCUUCGGAAUUAGGUCUUCUACCGAAACCAUUAAAAACGUUUGGCAGCUCAAUUGCUGGUGGCACCGAUCUAGAUGGCAAUUCAUAUCCUGAUAUUGUUGUUGGUGCUUAUAAUUCUUCUGCUGUAUUGGCGCUACUAUCACGUCCAAUUAUAAGUAUACAAACAACAUAUCGUGGCAAUGAGUUAAAAAAUAUUGAUCCCACAAAACAAGGUUGCCUUACCGAUGCUUUUACUAAUUUAACUUGUUUCACAUUUGAGGCUUGUUGUUCUAUUGAUCCUUAUGAACAAACAUCUGCUAAUAAGGAUUUAAGACUAAUGUAUACCAUUGAGGCUGAGUCAUAUUCGAAUCAUAAAAAAUUUUCACGAGUAUUUUUCGAUCGGGAAAAUAAACGCAGCAAUGUUGUGAAACGAGAGGUGACAGUACGCACUGACGGCAGAAUGGCCUGUGAACGUGUGACAGGUUAUAUUAAGGAGAAUACAAGAGAUAUACAGAGCCCCAUACGCUUUCAUUUGAAUUACACAAUUGUAGAAUCAAAACUACCAAAUUCAGGAUUAAAACUGCUUAAUCCAAUAUUAGAUAAAACGCAAGCCUAUAUUGAGUUUGAAGGUACAUUCCAAAAGGAUUGCGGUGAUGAUGAUGUUUGCGAGAGUAACUUAUUACUAAAUGCAGAAGUGGAUCUGAAUGUUGAAAAUGAUAAUUAUGCACUCAUACUUGGUGCUGAAGAGGAAAUACGUGUCAAUGUAAAUGUUUCCAAUACUGCAGAUUCUGCUUAUGAGGCCCAGCUUUUUAUAGUGCAUCAGCAAAGUGUUUCGUACAUAGCCACUGUGAAGACUACCACCGCCAUCUGUACUCGUUUUAAUGAAACGGUUGUCGCCUGUAGUUUAGGUAAUCCAAUGCUACGUAAUGCAGCCGUGCAGGUUUCAAUACGUUUUGAUCCCAGUGGUUUGGAGUUAAAUGAGCGAAAACUGACUUUCGAUGUGUUUGCCAAUACAACAUCUAAGCAUAUUGGAGAGAUAGAACCGAAAACAAAGUUGGAUGUGAAUGUAGUGAAGCGUGCAUCAUUGAGUGUGCAAGGUUGGGCGGUACCGGAACAGAAUUUCUAUAGUGGUGAAGUAAAAUUGAAUAGUUCUAUGAUGGAAAUGGAAGAUGUGGGCUCACAGCUAUUACACACUUAUCAGAUUUAUAACGAUGGUCCAUGGAAAGCACCCAAAGCAGUUCUAACCAUUUAUUGGCCAUAUCAACUGUAUAACGAACAAAAUAAACAAGAGAAAUGGUUGCUUUAUUUGGAAUCCAUACCAAUUAUAGAAAAUGUACGCCAAGGCGAAUGCUUUGUACCACCGGAAUACGUGAAUCCACUAAAAUUAACUUCAAAAUCUAACACAAAUUUACUUAUGGAUACAUUAUUACUGGGCCCUGCUGCAUUCAUGAUGCGACCUACAAAUAAGACACAAUUCUCAAGUCGUAGUCGUUUAGUGCAGAGUGAAAAAUACACGUCUAGCAAGCGAUCAACCACAGCAAAUCGUGUACGUCGUGAUAUGUUAACGAGAAUAAUACGACCCGAACGUUUUAUGGACGCAAGGGAUAGCAGAGAUAAAAAACGCGAUAUAGUCGAAUUGGAUUGUAAUAAAGCCACAGCCUCCUGCAUAAAAAUAAGAUGUGAAAUCUAUAAUAUGGCGGCAAAAUCAGAGGUUAACAUACAUAUAAGAGCACGUCUGUGGAAUUCAACUUUGGUCUCAGAGUAUCCCAGAGCAGAUUUAGUGAAGAUAAUUUCAACAGCACAAGUGAAAAUACCUUUAGAAUAUGCAGUAGAACAGACUGAAGAGCAUGAGAGCAUAAGUGUUGAAACACGUGCCUAUCCAGAAUUAUCAGAUCAGCAACGUGAAACCUCUUUAGCUACUUGGGUUAUAAUAUUAGCAGUCAUAAGUGGUUUGCUAGUAUUGGCAGUAUUCACAUAUAUAAUGUGGAAAUGUGGAUUCUUCAAGCGGCGAAGGCCCGAUCCAACGUUAAGUGGAAAUUUAGAAAAAAUGAAUGAGAAGAAACCAUUUUUAAACACAACGAAUAAUCAAAGAGGUUUCUAACAACAAGGGACUGUUGGGUGGGAUCUAGCGCAGCGAAUGCCACCUAAAAAGAAAAGGAAAAAUAAAUUUAAAUUUUUUAAAAAUAAUUCUGUUUACGAAGUGCAUAAUAACAAUAACAAUGUUGACAUUACCAACAAUAACAAUAAUUGCAAUAACAAUGGCGGUAUAAUUGAUGAUAAUGCUGCCGGCAUUAUCGAUUGGGGAACCUUUUGGUAGUGCAACAUUACGAGGGAGCUAUUGUAUGUAUUUUAUGUAAAUGUGCCAUUUUGGUUACUUAAUUUAAUUUGUAGUAUAUUUGUUAAUUUAAAUUUAA